CCUGCUGACACCGAUACUACUCUGGACUCUUCUGCCAUGCGCACGACGCUCCGCCGCUCGCGAUCGGCCGUCGCCCGCGCAGUCGAGCUAGGGGCCAUCGAGCAGUAUGCCAAAAUAGGCGGCCGAGCCGCCUGGUCUGGCGCUCAGCUGCAGCAGAGCCCGUGGUGGGGGCGGACGCUCUCUGCCUCGCACGUUGACGAGCUCGACUCUGCCCUCAAGAUGGCCAUGCGCUCGGGCGCCAUCGAGUGGGACGGAGAGAUACCGAUGGCAGUCGGCCGCGACGUGUUCCCGCUGCGGGAGGAUGGGAUGGGCGGCCUGCUUCGAGGACUCGCCGAGGAGCUCGAGGACGGCACGGGCGCCACGAUGCUGCAGGGCAUCCCCGUCGAGCGCUACACCAUCUCCGAGCUCUCGGUGCUCUACUUGGGCAUCUGCGGCUACAUCGGCAACAACGUGCUGCAGUCUUCUGCCGGCCUCCGCUCAAAGUCGCGCGGCUUCGGCAUGCCCGUCGGGCUCGUCAAGGCCGAGAUGCGAGGCAAGACGCCAAAGGAUGGCAAACAGGCCAACAACUACUUCCGCCUCCACACCGACCGCGUGAGCUGGUGAUCUCGGGUCACGGGGGGUCCUCGGCGAACUCCUCGGCGGUCGUCUCCGGCGCCCAAAGUCGACCCGCCUCCAACUUUGGGCGAUCCAACUUUGGCCGUGGCAUCGCGCCACGCGCCGAGCCGUCGAGCCGCCGCCUAUGUUUGCAUCGACUAACCCCCCCCCC